CUGAUAGAGUCUGCAUUUUUCUGGACUGGCAAGUCAAUGAUUAAUGUCAGACCUAACUGCUAAAAAAGAAAAAUAUUGCAACUUGACAACUUCCCCAUCUUAUUAUCAAGAAAAAAGAAAUUGGAUCCUUCCAGUUGGUAAAUGAAGUUUGAAUAGAAUAAUAAAUAAAAGAGACAAUAAUUUUCUUGCUGCAGAUCUCUCCAGACGCUACCUCGUCACUGAAGCAGAAUCCAAAUUGGAAGGAAAAAACAAGGACUCUUGUCUGAAAUCUUGUUCUUUUCAGAGUUUAAGUAAGUUGAUGAGAGCUUUUUCAAGGUUUUCAGGAGGAGCAUGGUGGAAUGAAAUUCAAGUCUUUUAGCUGGUUUUUUUUCUGAUCAUAUGAGAGAAAUAAUGAUGAGAUAUGGUAUCAAUGGGACGAUUACCCUCCGCAUUUGAAUCUUCAAGUAUCACCAUCGAUAUGUUUACUUCGAUCGAAGUUCUUGUUUUUCAUCCUUGAAGGUGGAACACUGGUUAGUUCAAGGUCAAUGGCUGUUGCUGGAAAUUUGUGGCUCUGUGUCAUCUUGCUGUCUAGCAUCUCAUUGGAGGGUGCUCAAAAUAGAGACAAGAUACACCCAGGAUUUCAAGCGACUCAAAUGGGUUCGAUCGACACUAGCGGGGUGUUUCUUUUGUCCAACAGCUCGAUUUUCGGCUUCGGCUUUGUCCAGGCCUCCGGUCCUACUCUAUACUCGUUGGCUGUGGUUCAUUUCCGCAGCAACACCGUAGUCUGGUCUGCAAAUAGGGACAACCCGGUUACGAAUUCUGAUACAUUUGACUUCGAUGAGAAUGGCAACGCAUUUCUACAGAAAGCAGGAAGCACGGUGUGGUCAACUAAUACCAGCGGCAGAGGAGUUUCCGCAAUAGAGUUGCGGGAUUCAGGAAACCUGGUUUUGCUCGGGAAGGACAGUACAGGGGUUUGGCAGAGUUUCGACCAUCCUACGGAUACGCUCUUAUCGAACCAAGAUUUUACGCAAGGGAUGAGGCUCAUGAGCCCCGGGUCCAAGAACUUGACAUACACUCUCGAGAUUAAAUCUGGCGAUGUGAUCCUUUCUGCUGGUUAUAUAACGCCUCAACCAUACUGGUCGAUGGGGAAGGACAGCAGACAUCUGAAGAACCAAAACGGUGGUCAAGUAGUCUCGGCCACGAUGGUUGCGAAUUCAUGGAGAUUCUACGAUGAGAACGGGACUUUGCUGUGGCAAUUCCCCUUUUCGGAUGGUAGCGAACCUAAUGCCACUUGGAUCGCGGUCCUGGGAAAAGACGGAAUCAUCUCAUUCUCCAGCUUGGGCAGUGGAGGAACGCCUGAUUUUUCUCCCGUGAAAAUACCCAGUGAUGCAUGCAGUACGCCAGAGCCUUGUGACCCGUAUGAAGUCUGUUAUACCGGUAACAUGUGUCAGUGUCUCUCAGUCCUCACUUCUCAUCCAAAUUGUAGUACGGGGUUGGGUUCUCCUUGCGAUCACUCAAAGGCUUCAAUCGAUCUCAUUAGUGCGGGGGAGGGAAUCGGCUACUUUGCGCUUGGGUUUGUCUCACCCUCACUGAAUGCUGAUCUCAAUGGAUGCAAGACCUCUUGCCUUAAUAAUUGUUCAUGUCUCGCAUUAUUUUAUCAGGAUAGUUCUGGAGAUUGUUACUUGUUUGACAGUAUUGGGGCCUUGCAGGGUUCUGAUCAGAAUUCUGGAUUUGUCUCUUACAUUAAGGUGCUCACCGGUGGUGGUAUGAAUGGCGGCAGUUCUCAGGACAGCGGAAGCAACAAAAAACAUAUGUUAUAUGUUAUCCUAAUUUCUGUUUCCACAUUCUUCGUUGUUCUCGGUCUGAUUUAUGCUGGAUUCAGAUAUUCCAAGGCAAAGCCGACAUUACCCGAAGCUCCUCAAGAGGCUUCGGAGGAAGAAAACUUUCUUGAGAGUUUAUCAGGAAUGCCAGUUCGUUUCAGCUAUAAAGAGCUUCAAGAUGCGACUGAUAACUUUUCCACGAAGCUAGGGCAAGGCGGGUUUGGCUCGGUGUACCGAGGUGUCCUACCAGAUGGGACAAGAUUGGCUGUGAAGAAAUUGGAAGGCAUCGGUCAGGGAAAGAAAGAGUUCCGAUCUGAGGUAUGCAUCAUUGGAAGCAUCCAUCAUCAUCACUUGGUCAGGCUGAAGGGCUUUUGCGCGGAAGGAACUCACCGGCUUCUAGCAUACGAGUACAUGGCCAAUGGAUCUCUCGAUAAAUGGAUCUUUAAGAGAGACAACGAAGGCACAUUAGAUUGGGGAACGAGAUAUAACAUUGCGAUUGGAACGGCAAAAGGACUGGCCUACUUACACGAAGAUUGUGACGCGAAGAUUGUUCACUGUGAUAUAAAGCCAGAAAACGUGCUUUUGGAUGAUAACUUCCUUGCCAAAGUCUCGGAUUUUGGAUUGGCUAAGCUAAUGACUAGAGAGCAGAGCCAUGUCUUUACAACACUCAGAGGCACGAGGGGCUAUCUUGCACCAGAGUGGAUAACCAACUAUGCCAUAUCCGAGAAGAGCGAUGUGUACAGUUACGGGAUGGUUUUGCUCGAGAUAAUCGGUGGAAGAAAGAAUUACGACUCUGAGCAAACAUCCGAGAAAUCUUAUUUCCCCUCCUAUGCUUUCAAGAUGAUGGAAGACGGGAAGCUGAGAGAGAUCCUUGAUUCGGGUCUUGAGACGGACGAAAGCGAUGAGACGGUUUCUACUGCUAUUAAAGUUGCUUUGUGGUGCAUACAAGAAGAUAUGAACAUGAGGCCGUCAAUGACUAAAGUCGUCCAAAUGCUUGAAGGUGUCUGUUCAGUUCCUCAGCCGCCGACUUCCUCUCCACUGGGUUCUCGCUUCCUUCCGACCCUUUUCAAAACAGCCAGUGAGGAAGGUACUUCUUCAGGACCAUCAGACAGUAAUAGUGAUGCAAAUCUUUCAGCAGUUCGGCUUUCAGGUCCAAGAUAACAGCAAGUUGUUACUUUAAGAAAUUUUUUCUGCUGUAUAUGUUUUGCAUAUAUUAGCCUUUUAGCCUGUAAAAUAUGAAAGUUUUACCCAAUUUUGUAGGUUUGGCUAUUCUUUUAGAAGUGUGAUCACAUUUUUUCCUC